AUGGUGGCGCGGAGGCAGGUCGCGGGCUGGCGUGCCGAACUUCCGGGUCACGUGCUGGGCUCGGAAAAGUUCGGCUGCGUCCGCAGCCGUUCCUUGUCUCCUUCCACCACCACCUCCUACCCCAGCGUCGGCCGUUGUGCCGCACACUCCCCUCUCACCGCGUAUGCCCACAUCCCCUGCCUUUACCCUCGCCGACGCGCCUUGCCGACGCGCCUGGCCAACGCCCUCUCCGAUGCGCCUCGCCGACGCCCUCACCGACACUCGCGCUGCCAAUGCAGCCGUCGCCCGCACAUGCACCAGUCGCCUCCCAUACCCCCGCGCUCCAGGGCGUGUCGCGCACAGCACGCGGCACUGCCUGUUACCCUCCCCUCCCCUGUUCGGCCCUUGCGCCGUUGCGGCCGCAUCGACACGUCACUUCGGCGACGCGUCUUUGCGCACGUGACGCGUCCUGUGCGCGAUGUCAUCUUCGGUGAUGGCAGUUGCGUGGGCCGGCGCGGGAACCGAGAGCGGGCUUUCGGGUGCUGCGUGGUCGAGCGCGAGGGCCAGGACGAGGGCACGCCCGGCAUGUUCUCGGCAUCUGCCGAGGGCGCGAUCCCGAGCGUCGCGCUCGCGGAUGCACGUGCGACGGCGAGGAGGGACGAGCGCGAGCGUCGGCACAGCGAGCGAGGCGUGGGAAAGCGACGCGAGCGCGCAUCAGGGCGGUGGAUGGUCGGGCGACGCGGCGGGAUGCGCGUGGGAAGAGUCGGGGAGCGCGACGGGCAGCACGUGGGGACAGACCUCCAGUGGGACACACGGCAUCGCGCGCAUUGUCGCUGGCUAGCAUGCAAGCGAUUACGGGGUAUUGCACGACGUCGCCUGCCAUCCUGUGUUCCAUUCCUCUUUGACCUCGAUAUGUUUGCGAGGCGGAAAGGUGACCAGCGACGAGGUGGCGUGGCCGACGGUGGUGUACUGACCUCAGACCUUGACCUUGUUGCCCCCGGAGCACGAAUAGACCAAUCACCCUGGUUUGAACUCAGGUCCUCCUACAGAGAGCUGCGCUCUUUCCAUUCCGGCUAG